UUACGAGGGCUGCUGCUUAUGGAGAAUAUGACAACAAAGCAACACAAAGAAAUUCACGGAAUGGAUUUGAUACUUUAAAAGUCACAUAUGGUUGUGAUAGCUGUAUGUAACUGUAUGGCUGUACCCUGUUAAUGGGUAGCAGAUCGUUCCACUGGCAAUCUUUUAAUAAGGAUUUGAUUGGCUCUAGCUGUGGUAACAGCAGCAUUGUUUGUUUGUGUGAGGCAUCUUGUCCAGAUGGCUAUGGAGCCCCCUAUCCCGGGUUAUUUUAUAAACUUCACCAGUGGAACGAUUGUAUCUUCUAUACCUGCAAACUCUUCUAGCAGGCCUCCCUUGCUGACAAUCCUCACCCAGACCACAUCUCACGUGCAAGUCCAGGGGUCAAACAACGAGCAGGAUGAGGGGUCAGAGAGCAACGACGAGGAUCUGUUUGGGGAACAUUACUUCCACAUCUGCAUCUACAUCUGGGCUUGUGUGGUGGUCAGCAGUCUCAUCGCACUCUCAGUGUUACAUUUGUCCCUUCAGAAAUGGGGGUGCUGUGGACGGUCUUUAACCAGAUGGGAGGUAAAAAGGAUUCCCCUCAAGAGGUUUCAAAAGACAGAGGGCGAUGACUGCCAGGACAAAUGUCCUAUUUGUCAUGAAGAGUUUAAUGAAGGACGCCUUAUACGCCAGCUGCCCUGCAACCACUGCUACCACAGUUACUGUGUGGACAGGUGGCUGGUCAAGAUGUCCAACAGAUGUCCACUAUGUAAACAGAGGGUGUCCAUCAGCUUGUUCUGCCCCUGGAAUAAGCAGCAGAGAAAAAAGGACAUCCACGGUCACAUAGCUUGCGCUGAGGCCUCGGUGGACGAGUCCCCUCCACUCCCUCCCCUCUCCACAUUAACACCCAGUAACUGGUACGGUGAAGACAUCAUGUCAGGUCCCAGUAGAUUUAUUAUAAUGAGACCCGGCAGACCCACACGGGUCAUAGACAUCAGAGAACAAAACAAGAAAGCAAAAGCUGAGCACGAAGCCAAGGUGAUUGCUGCCAGAGAAGGAGGGGCUGAUGCAAAGUCUGGCAGUGUUGAAAGGUCCACCCAGCUGGACACUGCCCACUUGUCAGAGAAUGUUCUGGACUGUGAUGCGGACAGAACCCACUCCGUCUCACUGAGCGAUGACGAGACUGUAGGUCUCUGUAUUCGCAGCUCAUCCACCAGCUCGUCCCGCAGUAGUAGCAUCAGCAGCGACCAGCCCCUCCUGGUGGAGACCAGGGUUGGUGCCAACGGGGAAAAAGAAGUCCAUAUAGUUUGUGACCCAGAACACUCUGCGCUGAGCUUGCAUCGUUGCCAGAUGGCAGGGGGAGGCGACUCUGGCAACACUCAGCAUUCAGCGGACGUUGGGCUGCCCAAUGUGACGACUGACCAACACCCGACCUCAGAGGCAACAAUCACCAUCUCCAGCGGCUCAAGCAGCGUCGUCACAUGCAAUUUCAAGCCGGCCCGGGCCUCGCAGUACCACAGUCCCUCCAGCGUCCUGCUACCUGCCAGUAUUCACAGCGCACCCAAGGGUCACGUCAAACACCUGAGUUGGCCUGGGGUCCCCUGCAAGGUCCCAGCCCACGGCCACAUGGAUGCUUGCUCCACCAGUGGACAGAUCUGUAGCAGUCUAGUCAAUACUGAGGACAUAGAUUCAUAGCUCAGCUGUUUUUUGGUCCAUUCAUCUGUGUCACAUCAUUCUAAAGAUUCAAGAACAGACAAUCUGGCCAUGUAAUGGAGAUUAAAUCCAUCAACUAGUCAUGUCACUGAGUUGAGAUUCAUGAAUAAAUUGACAGUAAGGCAUGUCAAUCAGAUUCAUGAAUUAACUGACAGUAA